UCUAUUCGGUUUGCAUAUUUUAGGUUUUUGGGGUUUAUCUUUUUUUUUUUUUGUUUUUGCAUUUCCUCACUUAAUUUUAUUGGCCUCAAGGGUGACUCUGGGUGAGAAGCGCUGCACAUUUAUUUUGCAUUUUGCGUGAAUUGAAUUUGUAUUUUUCAUGCAUUUAUAUGAAUCAUUUGUUAAUUCUUUUCUAUUGUCAUGACACUGCCAUCUGCUACCUCCCGCCUGCUCACUUUGAUUUGAUCUUCCUCCUCCGUCAUCUUUCUCUUCGCACUCGCAAGCACGCCCCGCUUCUGCAAUGUGAUGCUCCCCUGCCUCACUUGCCUCUUCUUCUUCUUCUUCUUUGCCGCCGCCUCCUCGAACUCGCGCAGUGAUGCAACGUGCUCAUCUAAGGUGACGAGGUGAUGGAUGAUUUGGAAAAGUAAACAACACCACCUUUUUGUUUUGUUUGUUUGGACCGUCAAGGACUUUUGGAGUCUGGACCACGGAGACGCCAACUGGCAAUGUGCAAUGGCCCUGCCAAGCCAGUCAGUCUGACUGACUGGACGUAUGAUGUGCGCGACUGGACAAAUGAUUGUGUGAGAGAGGACAGACGAGAAAUUAUUGAACAUGCAAGACAUACGAUUGAACCUUAGACCUGUGGGCGUGGACAUACGUCUGCGAUUGGAUAUCCGAUAUAUACAGUUGGAUGUCGGACGCAGGCAACUGGACAAAAUUGCGUGACCGGCUCAGCUCGGAUUCUUGACGAAUGUGAUUGGCUCUCCAACGUGUGCAACUGGACAUACGACAUGGACCAGGUCGACGUGAAUCAGGACCCACCCACGACUGGGUCCGCAAAUCUCAGUGACCACGAUGACUAUGACGACUUGCUGGCCGACGCGGAGCACCUCGGGUUCGAAGGCGGCACCUUUCCCGAAGACCCCAUCCGACUGCUCGGCGUGCAGGUGGUAUUGAUCGCGGCCUACAGCGCCAUUAUCCUCCUGGGGCUUGUGGGUAAUUCUCUGGUCAUCUACGUCAUCUACCGCUUCAAGACGCUGCGCACCGUCACCAACUUCUUCAUCGCCAACUUGGCCGUCGCCGACCUGCUGGUGAACGCGUUGUGUCUCCCGUUCACGCUGGUCUACACGCUUCAGGGCGAGUGGCAGUUUGGGAGCACCCUUUGCUUCCUGGUGCCCUUCGCCCAGGGCCUCGCCGUCCACGUCUCCACUCUGACCCUCAACGUCAUUGCCCUGGACCGCCACAGGUGCAUCAUUCACCACCUGGAGACCAGGAUGCGCAAGGACACCUGCUACGGGGUCAUCGCGCUCACGUGGCUGAUGAGCGCCGCGCUCGCCAGCCCCCUCGCCAUCUUCCGAGAGUACGGAUCUUUCGCGCUGACGCCGGGGCACAGCAUCCAGGUUUGCACCGAGAAGUGGCCCGGGUCCAGCACGGACGGGACGGUGUACAGCGUCUCCAUGUUGGUGCUGCAAUACUUCCUCCCGCUUGCCAUCAUUUCUUUCGCCUACGCCCGCAUCUGGUCCAAGCUGCGAGGUCACGUCAGCCCGGCGGAGGGCGGGGCCGACGGCGCCGCCGCGGGCUCCGAGCGCCACCGCCGCCGUCGUAAGACCACAAAAAUGCUGGUGACCAUGGUGGUGGUCUUCGCCGUCAGCUGGCUCCCUUACCACGCCUUCCAGCUCGCCACCGACAUCGACAGCACUGUGCUGGACAUGCCCCAUUUCCGUCUGCUUUACACCCUCUUCCACGUGGUGGCCAUGUGCUCCACCUUUGCCAACCCGCUGCUCUACGGGUGGAUGAACCGCAACUACCGCGCCGCCUUCCUGGCCGCCUUCAAGCUUCGGGAUAGAGGGUGUCGGCGCGGGCGCAAGGACUCCAUCCGCCAGUUGAACGGGGAGCAAGAAGGGAGGACGAAGAGGGAGGAAGGGAGGCAGGAAGUUGCGUGCGCCUGUCUCAACGCGACCGACGUGUGAACAGCAAGGGUUCCGGAUUCAUCCGUUUCAUUUCUUGGGAGCGAAAGUACAGCCUGUAGCAGCUGACUGUGGGCAAGGAGGGUGGGGUUGAUUGAUGGUCACACAAGUUGUCAGGGCCGGGAAGGCCUCAACGCUACCACAAGAACUGACCUUCAUUUACAACUUGAAUUCCAAUAAUCGUGCCGUGAAACUGUAUUCAGACAUUGCCAUCACUCUGUUCUCUUUAUUUGGUUUCGUUUGUCAUGGAUGAACUGCUUCCACUGUAUGUUGAUGUAAGAUUUUAUUUUUUUUGUCCAAUUGUGUUGCCAGGUCAUCAGGGGCCAAUGUAACGUCAACUGCGUUAGCAUUAGCAGUGCGACGAGCUCUUUAACUCAUCACAUUACAAAUUUGUCCCGAUGUCAACGUCUUUCCGUCUUUCGGUUAGUCAGAGCAAAACACGUUUGUAGCGAUCCGCACACAUAUUACAUUUUUUAAUCAGCACCUCUCUUGACUAGGAUGCCUUUCCUUUUUUUAUGAUUUUGUCAUGCUAUCCUAUAAAUAUUGAUUGUAAACUGUUCCAGCUGAAGUACGUGGCAUACGGGCGUGCCGUCAUAUUGCAUUUUUUUGGAUAAAUAUGACAAAUGGUGACAUGACAGUGGCUUUGCGUAAGUCCCUACUUAAGUCUCGCGUAGCAACCAUGAC